UAGAAUAGAUAAGCAGGAGGAGGAAGAGAGGGAUGAUGAUGGAAGCCAGCUUUGACACUGAGGAGAGUUUUGACGAUCCCUCCUGUCUCACCCCCCAGCCCCUCGGCUCCGUCUCCCCAGCCAAGAGGCAGAUCAAGGAGGUCAAGGAGACCAAGAUCACAAUCAACUGUGUGACGUUCCCUCUGCCUGGUGAAGGUCCGGAGCAGCAGCUGCUCAAACCGAGCGAAUGGAGCUACUGCGACUACUUCUGGACCGACAAGAAAGACCCCCAGGGGACCACCUCUGUGGCGGGCUUCGAGGUCCCUCUGCAGAAGCUGCUGAAGGGCAAACAGAUGCAGAAAGAGAUGGCUGAGUUUGUCCACGAGAGGAUAAAGAUCGAGGAGGAAUACGCCAAGAACCUCUCCAAGCUUUCUCUGAGCCCGCUGGCAGCGCAGGAGGAAGGGACUCUCGGAGAAGCCUGGACUCAGCUGAAGAAGAGCCUCCACGACGAGGCAGAGGUUCACCUCAAGUUCUCUAACAAGCUCCAUUCUGAGGUAGAGAAACCCUUGCUGACGUUCAGAGCCGACAACUUCAAGAAGGACCUGAAGAAAUACGACCAUCACAUCGCUGACCUCAGGAAGCAGCUGGCCAGUCGCUAUGCCAGCGUGGAGAAGUCUCGUAAAGCCCUGGCAGACAGGCAGAAGGAUCUGGAGGUGAAGACCCAGCAGCUGGAGAUCAAACACGGCAACAAGACGGAGGAGGACAUAAAGAAGGCCCGGCGGAAAUCCACACAAGCAGGAGACGACCUGAUGCGCUGCGUUGACCUGUACAACCAAACCCAGUGCAAAUGGUUUGAAGAGAUGGUUACCACCAGCAUGGAGCUGGAGAAACUGGAGGUGGAACGGAUCGAGUGGAUUCAGCAGCAUCUACGUCAGUACACGACUCUGCGACACGAAACCGACAUGUUCAAUCAGAGUAUGGUGGAGCCGGUCGACCAGCUACUGCAGAACGUGGAUCCAGCCAAAGACAGAGAGCUGUGGGUGAAGGAGAAUAAAACCGGCGAUGUUCGACCUGUGGAUAUGGACAUUUGAAACCAUGGUGACCUGGGAUCAGUCACUUGAUUUGUCUUCAGUAUUAUAUAACAGUGUUCCAGAACAUCUCUAACGACACUGGUCAACAGACGGUACAUGUUCAGAUCACAGUGGUCUGCUCAUCCUCUCUCUGACUGGAGUAUCAGGAGGAAAGGUUCAUACUUACAACACAGUCUGAGGCCAGGAAACAGUUACAGAUCAAACUACCAGCAUGUUCCUUCUAAAUUUGAACCCUAUCAUAAUCAACAUUAGCUUUCUGAAUGCCAUCUAACAUACUCUGCUGUUAACCUGUGGUAAAGUUGAAACUACAAAAAAAAAAAUAAAUGUAUUUUCAAUCGUUUAGUUUAGCUUCAAUCAACAUUUUUCCAGUUUGAGUAAACCAAACAAAAAUAGGUCUUAUUAUUGAUAUUUCCCUUUAUUUUAGAUACAGAUAUUAACCCAUAUGGAGAUCGUAGAAUGAAUAUGAUAUAUUUUCAUAUUUUGCUGGUUCGUUUUGGUGGACAUGCAUGUUUUGAAUAUCUUGCUUUCACUGUAUAUGGACAGCUGCACAAUUUGUGGAAUCACGAUGGUUGUUUUGGUAGAGUCAUUGAAUUUACAAGGUUUUCUGUAUUUUGAAAGAGGCAGAAUCAAUUAUCAGACUAAGAACUUGACUUAAAGUGUACAAAUUAAUAUCCAGUAACCUCAGCACAAACACACACACACACACACCACACAUAUACUGUGUUUUGGAAUGUGAAUUUGAUUAUGCUUAUCACACGUACCAACAGGUAGUUGAUCUAGAUUUAGGCCAGGGUCUUUUUUGGAUCAGUCCGGAGUAAAAAGGUGGUCCAAGUUAGACUGAAACACCUUUUAGUGCCUAAUGGUUAUAUACCUGGAAUGUCCUUGAUAUAUUCUAAUCUGCAUCAGUGUACAUUUGUACAUACAGGCUAGAUGUAUUUUGCUGUCAAAAGUUUAACGGGCCGCAGAUCUUCGGGGCCGCUGAGGUGUUUGUACUGUAUAAUGUUGUUUGUUUUAUUUUUUGUAAAUGUACAGAGAAUAUCUUUAUGGUAGUGUUCGAUAAAAGACGCGAAAUGCAGCAGAAAGCAAAAUUUAACAAAUUACGGAGAAGAUAAAGGUUGUGAUUUCUUUUAGAUGGAUCAAUUAAGUUGAGCAAAAGCCAGCUGACUCAUCCCAGUUGCACGAAUGCAGAUAAAUCCCAUUUGAUCAAAUACUGCAUGUAAACUAUGUGUCUGUGUUUACAAGUAAGUGUGUGUGUGUCUGUCUGUCUGUCUGUCUUUACAUCGUUUGUGGUGCUUUGAAUUUAUUUUAUUACCUUUCUAAAGCCCCUCGUUUCAAUCUUUCAAAAGAUAGAGCACAUACUGUACCUCCGCCAAGAUCCAACCCUUGAAAUCCCUAUGAAACAGCAUUUAAUUUCACUAUCAAGAUCCAUGAAUUAUUCUCUGAGAAAUCAGGGAAAAUGCUGAAAAAUGUCCUAUUUCGCAACGUUAAAGAGAGUGAAAAAAAGUUUGUACAUCCGCCCCCUGAUCCGGAUCCACACCAAAAUCCCCUGGGUCAUGGCCCUACCCUUCACAAAAUUUAAUGGAAAUUGGUUUAGUAGUUUUGGCAUAAUCCUCUUAACAAACAAACGUAGAUGACACAUAACUUAUUUGGCGGAGGUAAAGAUUUUAAUAAAAAUUUCAAACGAGGGACAUGAAAGAAAAAAUGCUUACCUGCCUUCUCAGCAACACACUGAUCAUUUGUUCCUCUUAUGAAAUGAAGAGAAGUUGCAUUUUGAAUCAAAUGGAUUCUGAUUGUUCAGACUUUUCUUUUUAAUCCAAACGGCUUUGUGCGCAGGCUUCAAAUAGCUGAUAUGUGUUGUAGAGGUUUUAUCAGUGUGUGUCAAUAUUGUGCACUAAAUGUAACAAGUUAUGUUCCAACUAAAUGUUCUUGACAAGAAUCAACAAUUUCACGAUGACGUAACGGUUGAGUUAACUGCCCCUCUGUGGUGAACAUUUUCAUAACGUGCAUUAAACCCAUUGUUCCUGAUGUUUUGAG